GAAGCAAUGAAGCAUCGUUAAGCACCACACCACAACUAAUUUUCGGGCCCAAUAAUCAAGCUGUUUCCCAAUGCAUGAUGCAAACCUGACUGUCGCUUAGCAACCAGUACAGGUCACGCCCAUGCAUGGAGACACAGGUCAGCCGUUGGAUGACAUCUCAUGUAAAUGACUGGUAUGGUAAUUUUCUUACACGACGAGUUGUGCCAAUACGUCGAGAGGUGCCAGCUAACGCAGUUACCGAAGGCUAUGCAUUAGUCGUGCGCAAAUUGCGACUUACAAGACUGUCCAGAGACGCAACGUAUCACUUGUCCUGUUAUUUUUUCGAUUCCAAAACAAGCCAGUUUUUUGGUUGCCCCUAUCAAACCGUCGAAAGAGAAGCCGCUCAUCACGAAUGCAGCAUUGAUGAUGAAUUGUUCUUCCAUUGCCCUCAUCUCGACGAUGCUGUACUGUUGAUCUUGGAGAUUGUGGAAACUCCAAUUCACAGGAGAGGGGAAAAUCAAGUUAUAACGGUGGCUUGGGGUUUGCUGCCUAUUGGCGGUUAUGGCGAAACGAUCCUAGAGUAUUCUCGGGUCCCGGCUGGUUUUGAUCUACAAAGAGUCAAGCUCUACCCGGGCUCACCAAAAGUGCUCACAUUCAGUUCAAAGUCUUAUCAGGAGUCCGUAGUCACCGGAACUCUUGAGGCUUCUCUCUACUCCCAUUCCUUAUUGAGCGAUGCUGUUGACUACUUCCCAGAUUUCUGUGUAAUCGGAAAUCGACUGAGUAUCCCUGGCUUAGUGGCGAAUGACAGAGAGCCCCAGUUGGCAUCACCGGCUCAGCUUCCACGCGUGCUGUCAUCCUUGGAUGAGAUUUCGCUAUCUUUUGGGCCUCAUGCUGAGCGUAUUGAAAAGCUUAUUCUUGAAGACAUAAAUAUUGACCGGUUAUGUCGAGAGAAUCUUCCUCCUGAAGUAAAUGGCGAGCCGAUGCAAGUUCUGGAACGAAGAUUGCGGAUCGGCGUUCACAAUGGUUUUACGUUUCUUUUCGAACCUUUAGUCGUUCAUUUGUCGUCUUUGGACGAUCAGCUUCGUGGAACGCAUUCGCUGCGGCGAAAAGGGCGACCAAUGAGCCGGAGCAGUGGUGAUAUAAGAUCGGAAAUGAACUCCUUAUUUGUACGAUCACGAGUUUCGUUACCGAAGAUGGCUGAUGAUGACCGGCUGGUUAUAGUUUUUGCCCUCGACUACCUUCUCGGGCUUCGCUCGGGCGAUAAAAGCGUUAUCCACAGUCAGUCAGUAAUUGUAUGCUGGGGAGCAUGGCAGCCAUUCUCGAAUCGUUCACAAUUGCAGCUGAAUGGGCGUAUACAAGCAUCAGUCUCACUUAUUGGCGGUCCUCGCCCAAACCCCGAUGAGAGCCUUUGUUUCAAAAAUCUUCUCCAUCUCUAUCGUAGAGAUGACAGCAUAUUUACUGAAAGUGCUCCGAAGAUCACAAUACAGUUUAGCUUUAUUCUGGAGGAUACGCGAUUUUACGACAGUCUGUCGCGAUCGACCGUCACAACACCAGCGCCACGUCGAGAAAUAGUGGAUACAUAUGACACCCAUGAGGUCAGCAAGGAUAGUUCGAAGAAGAUCAAAGAUUUGAAGCGUGAACAGCCUGAGCCAGAACCGGCUGAAGAUGAAAACUUGCUGCCACCUAUAAUAACGAAGAGACCAACAAGGAUCACAGCUCCGAAGUUGAUUCAGAAGAUAGACAGCGUUGUUGAGCAAGAAUCCCCUCGUCAAAAUUUGCCUUCGCUCUAUACGCUGCCUGUCAAGGAAGGAAAAGUGACCAAUGUUCCUCGGUCGACAUACGCAUUUCUGGCCAAUGUCAAGUUUCCUGGUAUAUUUGAUCGUGGAGGUGAUCCACCCACGCUUGUAGACGUCUCUACUGGCACACUGCCGAAUCGAGCCAUAGAAAUGAACGACGCACUGGGCACCAACGAGAUAAUUGUUCAGUUCAUGGCUCUCAAAAACCUACAUAAACAUGACGCAGCCCCAAUGCGUAAAGUAUUCUUCACUUUGCAAUUCUAUCGUUUCCAAGAGGUCACAACAGAGGAACUUUUACUAUCUGAAAUUAACAGCGCCAGCAAUGAGCCUAAUGUGUUCAAACGUCUCAACGCCAAUGGUGAAGAAAUCAGCGAAAAUGGAAAAGGAUUUAUGAUCAAAUUUCUUGUGGAUCGCCAAAGACUGACCGAAAAUGACCGUGAUGAGUUUAUCACAUACUUGUGCUCUAAUUCGCUUUGCAUAGAAGCUUGGGAUGCUGAAUCUUUGAUGCUUUUGGGGGCUAGUUAUAUCCCGCUUCAGAGUCUGCUGAGAAAUGGCAAAGAAGCUGUUCAGUGUACAGUGCAAUGCCCGGUAGUGUUCAGUGCGCUACCGGAGCCUGCCCGAGUGUCAGCUUUGUUAUACCUACGCCUUGCAAAUAUUGGACACCCGUCUUCAAACCAGAUAGAUCUGGUCCAUAGUCGUACCACAUGUGUGGUAAAUCGUCGACUCAAAGGAUUGGGCGAAGAAGGACCAGACAGCUAUCGUAUACGUGCCAAACCUCUCAAUCCUGCACAUGAUAGUAAUCUACAGAAAUUUCUGCAUGCACAGAGGCUUGACAUACAACAGCGAUACGAGGAAAUUUUUGAUGAGCAGAGUUAUGAUCGAAUAAGGCAGUGGGAAAAACUUAAGCAUGGGAUUGUUCCAACGCAACAGAAGAGUACGGUGAAGAAAUUUCUAUUUGAAGAGGAGUUAGAAGCGUAUAGGAAACUGAGGAACCAGAGCAAAGCUUCUAAAUUAUUGGAAGCAGUGUUUCAAGGCAUCACUUCACGCCAUUAUAUUUUCCCUAGCCUUGGUGAAAAGGCAUUCUUCGAAUAUUUGCUGCAAAACAGCUAUCCAGAGCCGGUAAAUUGUAUCAUUGAAAUGGACGAACCUGGUCUUAGCAUAGUGCGCGACCUUGAUGAAUGGGCUUUUUAUAAACGGGCUAAUUCUCUGGAAACACCUAUGGAGAAGAAUCUGGUAUUGCAAAACAGUGGACAUCUAGAAAUAUUUCUGAAACCGAUGGAAGCAGUUUAUGUGCCUUUUUUGUACGAUGACUUGAAAGCAAUCAAACAGCCCGAGGGAAAAGUUGUAUCGACAAAGGUUGUAUUCCGACGGUGGGAUAACUCUUCUGCAAUUUCGAUCCUAGAUCUUCGGGUUGAGCGACGUCCUUUUGCUCUCAAUGAAACUUAUCGCUUUUUCAAUGAAGCCGCAUCAAAUUGCGAGCGAGUCAUCAAAAUUCGAGGAAUUCCAGACAAUCGGCGGGUGGGAAGUGUUCAGUGUUUGGAUGAAAGCGCAAAGGUUUUGCUACAACAUCGAGAUGUCGAACAAGAGCUGGCAAUUACGGUUUUCGCUGGUGAACCAACUAGCAUACGAAUGCUUGUGGUAUUGCUGUAUGGAGAUAGAUAUAAGUACAGGCUUCUAUCAACAUGGCGAAUAAUGAUCCAUGCAAUGCAACGAUUAGAUUUUCAUAGCACGAUGGGCCAAUCAAUAAAAAUUCCGGUCACUCUGAAGCGGUGA